CGAAUAUCUUGUUAAACAAAAAAAUAAACAACUCGUAAGUUGAAGUCCAUAUGAGUCACUCGUUAAGGAAUCAUAGGGUUGGAACCCUUAUAAAAAAUUUCCAAAGAUUUGAAAGCACUGGAGUUUCAUCGAAUCCCAAACAUAUUAAAGAAGUAUGGAGUAAUUUUCAAAUCAGACCAACUUCAUUAAAAAUCGAUAAUACUGAAAUUAAAAAGGGUAUAUUCAAUAAAGUUGAUGAAAAUAGAGGUCCUUUAUCUAUUAGUGAAGUUGCUCAAAGAUUAACUUAUCAUUCACCAAAUGAAAUUGAUGAAACUUUUAAACAAGCUUAUGAAAUUUUACAGAAUAAAGCUAAUGAAACUUAUACUCGUAUUCAAAGUUUAGAAAAGAAAUUAAAUCAAACUGAUAAUGAAUUAGAACAAUUAAAUCUUAAAAAUACCCUAGAUAAAUUAAAAAUUGAAGCUGAAAAGGAAAAUCCUGAAGUUUUAUAUAAUGUUAAUUAUAAUUCAUCUGAUUCAUUAGAUAAAUCACAUCCAGUAUAUAGAUAUUAUUUAAAGGAUAAAUGGCAAAAUCAAGGUUUAAUGUUAACUAUGCAAAGAUUAGAAACUCUUCAUGUUAUUCCUGAUACUUUACCAACUUUUGAACCUUCAGUUGAAGUUAAAGUUAAAUUUCCUCAUAAUAAAGAUCCAGAAUUUGGUAAUUGGAUUACUCCUGGAGAUAUUUUACCAGCAUUUGCUGUUGAACAACCUCCAACUAUUAGUAUUCAAGAAUUUGAUAGAAUUGAUGGUCAAGAUUUAUAUACUAUUGUUCUUGUUAAUCCUGAUACACCAGAUUUAGUAAAAAAUUCCUUUUCAACUACUUUACAUUAUGGUUUAACUAAUGUAUCAUUAAAUAAUGUUGAUAAUAUAAUAGGUAGUGAAAAAUUACUUGAAAAUCAAGAUUCUAUUAUAUUUAAACCUUAUUUACCAAUUUUACCCGAAAAGAAUGCUGGUAAAUAUCAAAGAGCAUGUUUAUGGGUAUUUAAGCAAACUAAGGAAUUAACUGAUUUAUCUAAAAUAGAAAGAGAAGAUUUUAAUAUUAGAAGUUUUUCUAAAUUAAAUGAUUUAAUUCCAGUUGGUGCUCAUGUUUGGAGACAACAUUUUGAUAGAAGUGUUCCAUCUAUUAGAGAAAAGUAUGGUUUAGGUAAAGGUAGAGUAUUCCAUAGAGUUCGUGGUACUACUCCAGUUCCAAAUCCAAAGAAGGACAAGAAAAAGGAAGAGGAAAAUCCAAAGGAAGAAUAAAUUAUUUAGUUCUUUUCCUCUAGCAUGUAAUUAUCCUGUAAAUAAUAUAAGUAAGUAAUUCUAGACUGUAUAUAUAUAUAUAUAUAUAUUAAU